CACUGCAGACAUCAACAGGUGUUACAUCAGAACCACCAUCUAGUUCUCCUUCAGGACCAACUACAACUAUCACACUGCAGACAUCAACAGCUGUUACUUCAGAACCACCAUCAACUUCUCCUUCAGUACCAACUACAACUAUCACACUGCAAACAUCAACAGGUGUUACAUCAGAACCACCAUCAACUUUUCCUUCGGGAUCAACUCCAGCUAACACACUGCAGACAUCAGCAGGUGUUACAUCAGAACCACCAUCAACUUCUCCUUCAGGAUCAACUCCAGCUACCACACUGCAGACAUCAACAGCUGUUACAUCAGAACCACCAUCUACUUCUUCUUCAGGAUCAACUACAGUAAUCACACUGCAUACAUCAACAGGUGUCACAUCAGAACCACCAUCUAGUUCUCCUUCAGUACCAACUACAACUGUCACACUGCAGACAUCAACAGGUGUUACAUCAGAACCACCAUCAACUUCUCCUUCAGGAUCAACUCCAGCUACCACACUGCAGACAUCAACUGCUGGUACAUCAGAAUCACUUUCAACUUCUCCUUCCGGAUCAACUCCAGCUACCACACUGCAGACAUCAACAGGUGUUACAUCAGAACAGCCAUCUAGUUCUUCAAGACAAACUACAGGCAUCACACAGAAAACAUCAACAGUAGUCACAUCACAAUCAAUGCCAACUUCUCCUUCCAAAUUAACUACAGAUGAAUCUACAAGAAGUGCAGUUGACAUACGGUUUAUAAGCUUUACAACUGAUGAAACAUUUAAUUCUGCUCUGUCAGACCCAUCUUCACCUGCCUUCACUGAACGAGCAAACCUUGUCAAAACAAAGCUUGAACCAAUCUUAAAGAAAAAAUUCAGCAACUUUAAUAACCUAACAGUGACUCGUUUCAGAUCUGGAUCAAUCAUCACAGAUAUGAAUUUAUACUACACAAAUAUAGGGGGUAUUCCCACUGAUGAUGAAAUCAUUAUCACAAUACGGACAGCAGAUACAGGUUUUAACAUAACAAACGUUUUUGUAACAAAUUUUGCUACUACGACUACUACUCCAACCACACCUACAACUACAGCAGAAGUACCUACUACAAUUAUUAAAACAAGUACUAUUACUACCACCACCAGCAGCACAAAAACACCAACAAUGACCACUACAACACUACGACCAACAACCACAAUACCACAACCAAUACCAACAACACUCAACACAACUAUUAUCACCACCACAACACCACGACCAACAACCACCACCACAACAGCACGACCAACAACCACGACAACAACAGCAGCAGCAACAACAACAGUUGCACCAAAUCGUCCACCACCAAUUGUUGAGAUGAAUAUUGGUCUCCAGUAUGCUUAUGUUCCAGUGUUAAGUGAUUCGAAGAGUAAUGAAUUCAAACAAUUGGCUGCCAUAGUGGCUGCAGUGUUGGAUGAAAUCUAUAAAGUACUAUACGGCUCUCGGUUCAUCCGGACCAUUGUCAUAGCCUUCAAACCUCUGGCUAGACGUGCAGCUGAUAAUACACAAGCAGAUGUCCAGCUGGUAUUCAAUGAGAACUCCACAAAACCUGUCCCAGCCGGUGAAGAAGUAGUGCAGGUUCUGAAAAAUGUUGCAGAAAAGAACAAUACUUAUACUGUGCUAUUUGAUGCCACCACAAUCACUCUUGUCAAUCAGCCAUACAAUGUCCCUGUGCAAUUCCGAACAAAUGGCACUUUUGUCGCAGCUCUCUCAAAUACUAGUUCUGAUUUAUUCACAAACAGAUCAGUCAUUAUUCAAAAAGGACUUAACCCAUUUUUCAUUCAAGACUUCUUUAAAACAUUCAACAUCUUAACCAUGUCAAACUUCAGCAAUGGAGGUCCUAGAGCAAAUUCUGGUACAAUUCUGAACUUCAUGAACGUGGCUUUUGCCAACGCUGGUGGACUUCCCAACAUCACCCAAAUUGGGCAAACUAUGCUUAGAGCAGCCAGAAAUAACAGCCUUCCCUUCAUGAUCUUCACCGAUGACAUCAUAGUGAAUGGCACACUAAUAUCAUCAAGCGAUGUCAGCACCAAGAUCAGUAUGUUCAUGGCGUGCUUCAUGGUGGCCGUGUCACUUCUGUUCACAUGGUCCAGCUGAUGCUAGACCACGUCAUCCAUUCAGACUCAUUUACUUUAAUGAUCCAUGCAAAUAUGUGUAGGUAUGUUUUUAUACAUACUGUAAAUUUGCAUGCUUAAAAUAUACAAUAAUUAUAUAUGCACAAGUAUGCAUGUAUGAUAGGGUUUGGUUAGUACACUUGCUUUAAUUAUUAUGAAUUUCUAUAUAAGUUGGUGAUGGGCAAUUCGUAAAUGAUGAAGGAAUUUUUAUAGUCAUAUGAAAACAAGCUAAAAUGACAAUAGCACUGUGGUGCAUUACAUUUUGUGUAUUAUUGUAGAUAUAGGUUACCAUUUUUUUGUGCCUUAUGUGAACUAGAAUAAAUCUGAAAGAAAGCAUUAUAGGUUUUUGCAAAUUAUUAUGUCAUAAUUUAGACUGAAAAAUGUUUUGCUACUAAAUUGUAUUAAAUUAUUAUUUAGUCCAAAUUAUGCAGGGAUUAAAUAAAGGACAGAUGAAACUAGUGCCUGUAAAACGCAUAAUACCUACAAAGUGGUUUGACUAGUUUGAAUACCUGUUCAUCAUUGUUUACUCUAGCAUGCUUCCCAACAACUUUAUGUGACAAAAAGAAUUGUAUGUUUAUAUGCUCUGUAAUUUAACUUGGCAAGUAAUGGACUAGAAGAUUAUUAUCUUAUUAACCUAUUAACUUUAUCUAUACUUGUGCACUUUACAAAUAUUAUUUUAAAUUAAAUCUGCUCUAAUGUACUCAGCACUAUAUGUUUAUUUAUUGCACUGGGUAUGUAGGUCUUUGAACUAUUUAUUUAUUGAGAUUUUAAUAUAUUCAACUAUGUAUAAACUAUAAAAUGGUUGCACUGACUGUAGCACUUUGUAUUUAUAAAUGCACAAGUUUCUAAUAAACUCAUGAGAAGCUGUA